AUGCGGCUGGUCAGGAGGGCGGUCCAGGAAACAAGGCCAUUGACAGAGGAGCAUAGAGACGAAAGGAAUCACGUGCGGCUUUCCAAGUUGGGCUUGACGACUGCCAUAGGGGGAUACGACGACACGGUUGAAGCCUCCACAGCGUUCGAGGUUCGGCGAUUGCCGCAAAGGGGGCGCGGCGGCAGCGUCCUCCAGCCGGGGGCCUGCGGGGACGACAGUGGCAGCGGAAGGGUCGUGCUGCUGCAGUUCAAGAACCUUGACGACGAGGUCGCAGCACUCGUCACGAAGGUUAAGCGGGCCAAGUGUUGGCAUGACCGCCACCCGGCGUGUUUUUUGCCGGUGGCGUGGGCGGUAUGCGCGGCUGUUGCGGCAAAGUGGCCGAGUGACGGCGACUUGGGUGGUGGUCCGGGGGCGUCCUGUGAACACGGUGCCCCCGGUUGUCGUCUUGCACGUGCUCGCGCGCGGAAGGCGAGGCGGCCGUCGCCGUUCUCCAUCCUCGCCCUGCUAGCGGCCUUUCUCGAUAAGCUGGGGGUGAAGCCAGGCAGGCGGAAGUCGGCGGGACCCCCGGCGACGCUGAACCUCCUCGAUAGCGGUGAGCUGGAGAUGUGGUGGUCGGCAGCGGCGGCGGUGGCGGCCGCACCGAAAGGGAAAAAACCGCAACGCAGCGACCGCGAGGCGGAGGCGGAGACAGGGGAGCUUGCGACGGGGCAGGUAGGCGGCAAGGUCCUCGAGGACCUGGUUGACGCUGCCUUGGCGUCUGACCUCAGGCGAGCUUGCGCCGCAAUCGAGCAGUCGUUGACCCCCGAUGGAGCUCGCGGUCUGCCGGUUUGGGGCCAGGACAUCCGCUGGUCGUUGUUGGGUUUCGCCUUCGAGCAAAGCGAGGGAGAGAAUGACGAAGAGAGCGAGGGAGGGGUGGGAGAGAAGAGAGAGGGUCGGCCUUCGUACCUCGACUGGAUGGAGAUCAGGCUGCAGAUGUGCAUGAACGAAGGCAUCGACGAGAUGCCGGGCAUGUACGGCUUCAACGUGACGGGUCGGGCCCCGCUAGCACCGGAGGCGAUCGCCAACCUCGACCGCCAGCACGCGGCCGAUGUGCUGCAAGCCCGCACGGCAGACGUGGUGUUUUCCGCCGCCCUACAGGUGGGCGGUGGUUCGCAGGGCCAGCACGGCAGCGGUGGCGCGAACGGCGAUUCAUCGGACAGCCUCUUCGGCGGAAGUGCCAGCGAGGAAGACGAAGAGCUGGACGGCGAACCGAUGGUUGUGGUGACGGCCUCUCUGCCGCUCCAGGUGAACGGUCCCGCGGCGGCGGAAGCGGAGCACGAACCAAGCGUCGAUGUCGCCCCGCAGCAGGGUACGGGAGAGACAGUCGAGGUCGGAGAAGGAGCGCUCAAAGACGACGGUGUUCGGGGGAAGGUUGGGGCGGUGCUGGCGCUUGGGGACCGACUCAUGAAAGAAGCCGCGGGCGUUCUAGCGUCGGCGAAGGCGACGACCUCCGAUGCGAAGAAGGCGCCCCCUCCCUCGGGGGAGACAGAUGCCGCCGCAGAGAGCGAUGCCGUGCCCCCAAAACAGUCGAUCGUCGGGGGUGAAGGGAACCUCGGCAAAAGCGUUGGAGAGGAAAGCUCAAAGGAAUAUCGGGGAGCGGAGGAUGAAGAAAAGGAGAAAGAGCGCGAGAAGACUCUCGCGAAACAGAAAGAGCUCGAGCGGAGGAAGGCCGUGGCAGAGAAAAUCAAGGCCCUGGCCCUGAAGAAGAAAGAGGAAACCAAACGAGAACUACAAGCGCAAAGGGCUAAACGAGAGCUCGAAGCUCAAAAGGCUGAACGGGAGCUCGAAGCCCGAAGGGCUAAACGAAAGCUGGAAGCUGAAAGGGCAAGGCGUGCUGAGGCAGAGCUGAAGAAACGUCGAAGACAGGGGCGUAGUCCGGGACGGAGACGGAGUAUUAGCCGGAGUGCCUCCCCCGUCAGGCGCCGGAAGGACUUUGUUGACGCUAUGCCCGAGUUCGUUUCAAGCGAAUUCGAGCCUGGCAAGGAGAGAGUUGAUGCCAAGACCAGUGCAGCAGAGGGGAAGCCACCGGAAGCCCUCCCUUCGUCUGCUUCAUCCAAAGAUCACGGCGAUGGCGCUGCCUCGGGGGGCACAGCUAAACCUUCUCUCACUUCGGCUUCUCCCAACGGCGAUGGCGCUGCCUCGGGGGGCAAUGCUAAAGCUCCUCUCACCUCGCCUGCUGGCGACGGUGUGGCGAGUGCCGAGAAAGAGGCAGAUGCUGCCCCAAAAACGCCAGAACCUGAGGGUUGGUCGGAGUGGCGCGCGUUGAGUUCAGACGAUGAAAGCAACAGGGGGGCUAGCGCUGGCGGAGACGUCAGUGACGGUGGACCUACGACCCGGAACGUGCGCGGUACCGACCAAGGGUUCCAAAUAUCGGUGCGCCGAGGAUCCAGCCUUGAGAGACGAUCCGGCGACACCGAUGUGGGCCGACGUGGUGCUCACCGGGAGCGGUCUGCCAGCCCCCGUGGGCGGUCGUUCGGUCGCUCUUCUCGAAGCCGGGACCGAGGGAGCCGCUACGAUCGAGGAGACACCUCCCGCCGGUCCACGACGAGCGAGCGUUACCGCGAGCGAGGUGGAUACGCAGACUACGCUGGUCGUGCGGACAGAUCCCGCAGCCGCGAACGCGGCGGUAGCAGGAGGCCCACCGAGCGUUCUCGCGGGUACGGGGCUCUCCCGCGCAGGGACGAAAGGACCGCAGAACCGUCUAGGUAUGCGGCACUUGCAGACGACAGCCAUACCUCAAAACGAUCCAGGGUAGGCGCUACCGCAACAACUCGAGCGGCGGCAGCGAGAACGGCGGCGCUAUGCCCCAAGAAGCAGGAAUCCAUGGUGCUACCGGCUGCGGGGAAGCUGCCGUCGAGUACAACCGGUGGAUCGAAGGCUCUCAAGCGGCCUGACAGCGCAGGUGCAAAGACAGAUGAGGGGUCACAGGCCGCAGACAAGGUGUCCCCGAAAACGCCUAGCGUGUCCCAGCAAGACCGGUCCAAGAUAUCCAAGACCGGCGCGGCGGAGGUAUCGCCGCGGUCGGCGCCCAGCUCGAAGAUCCGUGGAAAUGCCGAUACGAGGAAGGAAGCAUCACAAUCGACGAAGAAGGCACCCGCUAAGACGGACAAUACGGAGGCUCCCCCGACGACGUCCAGCACGCCCAACAAAGCAGGGACAACAAUCUCGAAGUCCAAAGGAGCGGUGGCAUCGGGUGUCUCGACACCUCAAUCCAAGAGCCCUGGUACCGCAGGCGCGAAGAAGGGCGGCGUGUCGCACGCCGCGAAGAAGGGGCCAUCAAAAACGUCCAGCUCGACCCACAAAGGCGGGUCGGAGACUUCGAAAGCUGCUGGGACGGGGACGGGGACGCUAAGGACCUCCACGCCUAGCCCUAAGAGCCCUGGGAGUGUGGGCUCAAAGAAGGGCGGCGCGUCGCAAGCCGCGAAGAAGGGGCCAUCAAAAACGGCCGGCUCGUCCCAUAAAGGCGGGUCGGAGACUUCCACAGCUGCUGGGACGGGGACGCUGCGGAUCUCAACGCCUAGCCCCAAGAGCCCUAGGAGUGUGGGCGCAAAGAAGGGCGGCGCGUCGCAAGCCGCGAAGAAGGGGCCAUCAAAAACGGCCGGCUCGUCCCAUAAAGGCGGGUCGGAGACUUCCACAGCUGCUGGGACGGGGACGCUGCGGAUCUCAACGCCUAGCCCCAAGAGCCCUAGGAGUGUGGGCGCAAAGAAGGGCGGCGCGUCGCAAGCCGCGGAGAAGGGGCCAUCAGUAACGUCCGACUCGUCUCAGAAGGGCGGGUCAGAGACUGCGAAAGCUGCUGGGACGGGGACGGGGACGCUACGGACCUCCACGCCUAGCCCUAAGAGCCCUGAGAUUGUGGGCGCAAAGAAGGGCGGCGCGUCGCAAGCCGCGAAGAAGGUGCCAGCGAAAACGUCCGGCUCGUCCCAGAAAGGCGGGUCGGAGACUUCCACAGCUGCUGGGACGGGGACGCUGCGGAUCUCGACGCCUAGCCCCAAGAGUCCUGGGAGUGUGGGCGCAAAGAAGGGCGGCGCGUCGCAAGCCGCGGAGAAGGGGCCAUCAGAAACGUCCGACUCGUCUCAGAAGGGCGGGUCAGAGACUGCGAAAGCUGCUGGGACGGGGACGGGGACGCUACGGACCUCCACGCCUAGCCCCAAGAGCCCUGAGAUUGUGGGCUCAAAGAAGGGCGGCGCGUCGCAAGCCGCGAAGAAGGUGCCAGCGAAAACGUCCGACUCGUCCCAGAAAGGCGGGUCGGAGACUUCCACAGCUGCUGGGACGGGGACGCUGCGGAUCUCGACGCCUAGCCCCAAGAGCCCUAGGAGUGCGGGCUCAAAGCAAGGAGAGGUGUCACAGGCCGGGAAAAGUGCACUCUCGAAGACGUCAAAUGCCCCAAAAGAUGGGCCGAAGAUUGCGAAAGCCCCCGGGUCGCUUGGCUCAAGGCCCAGCUCCACGAGCCCGGGCAACACCGAUGGAAAGAAGGGGGAAGUUUCACAAGCUGCAAAGGCAUCAAGUACAACACCCAAGACCUCCCAGAAAGAGCGGUCGACGGUUGCGAAAAAAGGUUUGGCGGGAUCAUCCACCGGCUCGACGCCCAUCUCCAAGAGUCGCGGUAGUGCAGGCACUACGAAGGAUGUAUCACUGGGUGCCAAGAGUCCGCCCGCAAACGCGCCUACCGCAAAGAAGGUGCCACCGAAAAAGUCUAGCACAUCACGGAAAGGCGUGUCGUCUAUUUCCGGAGCUGCCGCGACUGUGGCACCGUUGGGCUCAACACCUAACUCCAAGAGUCCCGGAAGUGCGGGUGCGAAGAAGGGUGAGGCGCCACGGGUCGCGAAGAAGGUGCCCUCGGCGGCGCCCAUUGUGUCCCAGAAAGACAGAUCGAAGGUUUCCAAGAUCGAUCUGGCGAAAACGUCAUCGGGCGCAACAACCAGUCCCAAGGACCCUGGGACCGCAGGUGCCAAGCAGAACAGUGUAUCACAGGCCGUGAACAAGACCUCGCUUGCGAAGGUACCGAAUACGUCAAGUGCGUCCCAGACAGGCGGAGCAACGACGUCCAAAGCUGCGGGGGAUGCGGCGCUGCUGGGCCCAACACCUCCCUCCAAGAGCGCUGUUAGCGCAAGCGCGAAGAAGGACGGAGUAUCACCAAAGGUUGCCAAUGGACGCCGUGAAUCUGGUUUCGGAGAUCGAUCGCGGAAGCACGGUGGGGGCGAGAACGAAGAAGGGGAGAUCGAUCUCUACAUGGAGGCACGCCGGGGGCACAUGCACGGUGCCGCUGCAUGGAUGUCAUCCGCAAUCAACCCCAACCCUGCAUUGAACUCACGAUCGCCACCGGUGACAGGCGUUGUCAUACCCCCGCCACCCAGGCGGGGCAUGAACGAAGAACGGGCGGUCUACGUCUCGAUGGAGGCGAUGCGCAGGCACGAGCACGCUUGGAACUCACUAUCGCCACCGGUGACAGGCUUUGUUCCACCCCCACCAUCCAGGAGGGGCAUGAGUGGAGAAGGGGAAAUCUACCACCCGAUGGAGGCGAUGCGGAGGCAGGAGCAUGCUGCUGCUGCAUCUUUGUCAUUUGGACACCACCCCAACCCCGCAUGGAACUCGAUAUCGCCACCGGUGACAGGCUUGGUCCCACCCCCACCACCAAGGAGGGGCAUCAAUGGAGAAGGGGAGGUCUACCACCCGAUGGAGACGAUGCGGAGGCAAGAGCAUUCUUCUGCUACAUCUAUGCCAUCUGCAAACAAUCCCAACGCUGCAUGGAACUCGAUACCGCCACCGGUGACACGCUUCGUCACACACCCGCCACCCAGAGAUGUCUCGAUGAUAGCUAUGCGGGGGCAAGAGCAUGCCGCUGCUGGAUCUAUGUCAUCUGGAAACAAUCCCAACCCUGGAUGGAAUUCACUCUCGCCACCGGCCCCAGGCAAUGUCCCACCCCCACCACCUGCGAGGGGCAAAAAUGGAAAAGGGGAGGUCGAUCUCUCGAUGGAGGCGAUGCAAAGGCAAGAGCAUACAGCUGCGUCUACGUCAUCCGCAACCACCCCCAACCCUGCUUCGUCAGAAUCGCCACUGUUGUCAGGCAACGUCCCACCCCCACCACCUAGCUGGGGCAAGCCCGGGAAGAACGCGGCGAAGAAACGCAGAAGAAAGGCACGCUUGAAGGCGGCGGCGGAAGAGAUGAACGCCGCAAACAUCGCAAGACCAAAGGAAACGAUGAAGCAACCGGCGCAGAUUGGUCCCUCUGACGGCAUGUCGGAGCAACCGGCAUCUGCAAGCUCGGAGAACAGAGCGUCCUUGGCGCAGCCUGUAGUUUCGGGAGGAGGGGGACAUUUGUUGGGUGCAGUUGCCGGUGGUGGCAGCACAGAGAUGACGGGCAUGGCCAGCACAGCGCAAUCCGCGGGUCCUAGUACUAGCAGUGGUACGGUGGGAGCGACGAGCUUGUUGGCAUGUCCAGAGGACGGCGACCCCGUUACCCAUGAUCCGAACUACUGGUUUGUCAGCGGCGGCUUCAGCGAGUCGACAUAGGAGAAAGUACGGAUUCAAGAGCCGAAAUCGCUGGUCACC